AGGAGACCUCUUCAGGGAAGAGUGGAAAGAAGAGAAGAAAGGAAGGGGUCUGUGAGUGUGUCAAUGGGAUCGACCCCCUGAAUAUGCUUCCAGCCCCAGAGCCUGAGGGGGAAGGAAAGCAGGUCUGCUGGUCCUCGGGGCCUCACAGAGUUCUCCUGUAUUGUAUGAAUGGGUCAGCAAUUCAACUCUUCUCUCCUAAGGUCUGCCACCCUGACUCUUUUCUCCCAUGCCAUGACUAGAGGAACACAGACCUGAGGGGAUUUGAACCAUCUACACCCAAUCCAUGUGGAACCAAUGGAGACAGACCAGCCUAAGACAGUUGAUGAAAACACUAAAAAUGAGCCUCAGGAGAAGGGGCUGAUGGAGAAAAGUGUACCCUCAAAACCAUUGCCGACAUCAAAGAAGGCAGAGGUCACAAAAACCCAAAAUAAGCGUCCUGUCAGUGAUCCAGAAGCAGUAAAGAUUCAGGCCUGGUGGCGGGGCACUCUGGUGCGCAGGACGCUACUGCACGCGGCGCUCAGAGUGUGGAUCAUUCAGAGCUGGUGGAGGGUCAAGCUGAUGCGGCUGCAGGAGAACAGGCGGCGGGCAGCUCUGGAGAACUUUACACGGAAGGAGUGGGCAGCAGUCAGGCUGCAGUCCUGGGUCCGCAUGUGGCGCAUCCGUUGGCGGUACUGCCGUCUGCUCAGUGCCGCCCGCAUCAUCCAGGCCUACUGGAGGUGCCACUCCUGCACUUCCCGGGGUUUCAUCAAGGGCUACUACAGAGUCACGGCCAACCAGCUACAUCUCGAACUCGAGAUCUUGCUGGGCUCAGGGCCUUGCAUUGUGACGGAGUGUAUUCCCCUUCCAAUAAAGCAGUGAAGUGGUCUUUA